AUGUCAUCAGAAGCUGAUAUCGCCGCCGUUGUGAAGCCUACUAUUUUCAGAGAGUACAUCUCAGGUAGUUUAGAUGCUUUUCCUGCAAGAAUAAUCAACAAGGACAUUAUUGAAUUCCACUUCAUUCUGGGCUUUGCCAAAGAUACGUAUCUUGAAGACGGAACAGGCACAGGAGCAUUCACCCGCAAUUGGAACUUUAAUACCUUUGGCCCAGAAAAAGUGUUGAAUCUCAAGAUAGAUCAUACGAAUGUGAAAGUUGUAAUAAGCAUAGGAGGCCAAGGCCGUGAAGAUAAAUUCAACCCUCAGAAUAAAGAAGACUGGAUUGUGAAUGCCAAAUCAUCAAUCAAAGAUCUAAUUCUUGACUACAAGAUUAGUGGCCCAUCGGUCAGCUUUUACACGAUUGACGGUAUUGAUAUUAACUAUGCAUACAUGGAGUCCAAUGCGGAUGACUUUGCCUACUGCAUAGGGAAGGUCAUAACACAACUCAAGGAUGAUCCCGACGUUUCCAUCUCCUUGAAUGUGGUGUCCAUUGCUCCAACAAAGGAUCUCCAACCCCACUACCUCGCACUGUAUCGAGAAAACCAAGAGAAAAUUGAUUGGAUUAACUACAAGUUCUACAAUCAGUAUUUUCCUUCAGAGGAUGAGUUUGUAAAGCUCUUUAAACAACUAAUUUAUGAAUAUGGCACCCCGUUUAAACUCUUGCCAGGAGUCAGCACCAAUACCAUUAAUCCAUCUCUAAUGAAAACUGAUCUCUUUGUUAAUGGAUGCACAAUUCUCCUUCAAACUGCAUCACUUCCGGGAGUUUUUGUUUGGGAUGCUAAUACCUCGGAACCCACGUAUUCACUUGAGGGACAGCUUCAAGAUCUCUUUACUAAAGACUUUAGUAAAGAGUGA